CGCCCCCGCCGAGGAGAGUGGGGGCGGAGGGGCGGCCCGGCAGCCGCCGCGAUCAAUGGGGGAAGGCGGGCUGCAGCGCGGCGCCUGGCUGCUGGGCGCUGACUGUAGACUACUGCAGAUGUAUAAUGAUCUACAGAAACGCUACCUUAAAGAAAUCAAAACAAACCAGGAGCAAAGGGAAGCAAUUAAAAAUCUCACUUUUCUCGACAGAGUAAAAUUCAUGAACUGGAGCUUAAUCUUCAAGAGCAGAGGCAAAGAGUUGAGCGAUUGGAAUGUAAAAAAGUUUCUUGGAAAACUAGUGGUGCUUCUGGAAAAAGGAAUCGCACCCCAGAAGAAGUAGCAUCUCACAGGGACCUGUCUAAAAAGAAUGAUGAAUCCUGUUGCUGUAAAUACUUAGAGCUAUUGUUGAAGGAGAUUAAAAAGCUGAAGAAAGAAAAUGUAAAGUUGUCUGCAGAAAGAAGAGCACUAAAAAAUGAAUUAGCCGGAUUAGACAAGGGAUCUUGUAUUAAGAAGCCCAACAUGGUCCUUUGACUACGACUCACAUGGGAGAGGAGAACUGAACCUUUGGAAAAGAGAUUUAUGCUGAUACUGCAAUGCUGAGUUCUAGCUUGACCACUGUGAAGAGUUGUCCUUUGAAAAAGAGGCUCUGUUUCCUGCUGAAGCUCAUAUGCUUUGUCAGCUCAGUGUUAAUAUUUUGUGAAUUUUUAAUUUAUUACGUGGUAAUUUUUCAAUGUCGAUGGCCAGAAGUGAAAAGUGGAGCUCAUGUGAGUAAAAAAGAGACUUCAGCUUCAGUCCUAAAGGCCAUGGUUUUAGCUGAUACUCACCUACUUGGUGAAAUCAAAGGACAUUGGCUAGAUAAGCUAAGAAGGGAAUGGCAAAUGGAGAGAUCUUUCCAAACUGCCUUAUGGUUACUGCAGCCAGAUAUUGUUUUUAUUCUGGGAGAUGUCUUUGAUGAAGGAAAAUGGAGCUUUCCUCAGGCGUGGGCAGAUGAUGUCAGGAGAUUUCGGAAGAUGUUUAGGUAUCCAGUUUCUACUGAGCUGGUGGUUAUUGUGGGGAAUCAUGACAUUGGAUUUCAUUAUGAAAUGACUGCUUACAAGGUAAACCGGUUUGAAAAGGUUUUCAACUUUACUUCAGGAAAGCUAAUUACACGAAAAGGAAUAAACUUUGUCAUUGUGAACAGCAUAGCCAUGGAGGGUGAUGGCUGCGGUGUCUGCCGCUCCUCGGAGGCCAAGCUCCUUGCACUGUCUCACAAACUGAAUUGCUCCCAGCAGAAACCAAAUCAUUCCAGCAAACGGUGCAGUGAUGUGGACAAGCUUCCAGCUUCAGAACCCAUCCUUUUGCAGCAUUACCCUCUCUAUCGUCAAAGUGAUGCUGAAUGCAGUGGAGAAGAUUCUGCUCCUCCAGAGGAGAAGAACAUCCCAUUUAAAGAACAGUAUGAUGUGCUGUCUCAGGAAGCAUCACAAAAGUUGAUAUGGUGGUUUCAUCCUCGUUUGAUUCUCAGUGGGCAUACACAUAGUGCUUGUGAAGUGCUGCAUGGAGGGAAAAUUCCAGAAAUCAGCGUCCCAUCUUUCAGUUGGAGGAAUAGAAACAAUCCUAGUUUCAUCAUGGGCAGCAUAACACCAACUGACUUCUCCCUCCAAAAAUGCUUCCUUCCGUAUGAGAGCAGAGUCUUUACUGUAUACUGUGCAGCAGGUGCUCUGCUUGUAAUCCUGAUACUAGCUCAUUUUCAGCUUCUCACUCCACCAUUUUAUUUUGCUCAGCGUUUAAUCAGUAAGCAUAAAGCAGUAUGAAGAGCCAGACAUCUGCAUUCAGUCACUGAAAUACCAAAGCUGAGAACAGUCAAACAUCAGACUAUAUUCAUGCCAGCAAAUGACCUAAUUUGAUUGCUAGUCUGAAGGCAGGUUGCAUUUACACAUACCAUAGAAGUCCUAUACAGCUGAUAUGACUACUACAGGAUAAAUAAUUAAAUGAAAUGAACGGUUCAUGCUGUACAAAAAUACUGUAUUCUACAAUCAAAUGAGUCCUUUUCCUGCUAUAUUUUUUUUUUGUAUCAAAUAUGUAUAUUAAAAGUGUAACUGUACAUUAUGUAAA